UGGUGGACGUCGGGUUGGUAAUUUUAACCAACCUGGCUAUAUUUAGGAGUUCUUCUUCUAAUGUGAAAAAUAUGCACCUUUUGAAUUGUGCACUUUUGAUACUGAUAGCGGUGCCUACAAAUGCAGACCGCAAUGCUGAUGUCACUGUCAACAAACUCGAAGAUUCGGGUGGUAAACUGAAGGAACAAGAUGGCAUGAAAAUGAGGGGAGCAUUUACUAAAGUCGGUGAGGUGAAAAAUGUGAAAGGGCGGCUUAGACAGGUCCCUGUUCGCUGUGAACUUGAUGACUCUUCCUCACCACACCAGGAGAGUGCUCAUGAGUGGAUAGCAGUGUUAGACUACUCAGCUCUCAACGUUGAUGACACGUAUGCAGUCAAUGAUACACAGUGCACAGUACUUGAGAAGGUGAAGAAGGCCAUGCUGUUGGGUGCCUCAGCCAUUAUAAUUCUCACUAUUAAUAGGAAUAUCAUCAAAGAGCUUGACGUGCCACAAGUGUUCAGUAGACCUGUAGUUGUGAUUUAUGCUGCUGAAAAUAUAACUGCUUUUCUUGAAGUUCUCACAAGCAAAAUCAAAGCUUUGGUGCAGAUAACAUACAAUACCUCUAUCCAUGAUCUCCAGAAAAUCUCCACUCUCACCCUGUGGGCCACUUGUGGCAGAUCCAGUGGAGUGGCUACCUUCAAUGAGUGGGAGGGCGUGGUCUGCCUGGGCAAGGAGGAUGACACCAAGACAGACCCUGCCCAAUUCUGGAGUGUCUUCUUCUCAAGCAUUGCCACACUCUUCCUGCUGCUGCUGAUCAAAGCUGGGAGGAGAAGAACUGAGGAUCCUUACCACCAGGUGGAGGUUGCCCUGCGUAAGCUGGCACACACUGCAGUAGCGUCAAUGCAGACUAGACGUUACCAUACCUCAAAGCAUGAUGAUAGUGAGAGAGAUACCUGUGCUGUUUGCUUAGAUGUCUUUCUGCCCAGACAGAAAAUCCGCGUUCUUCCAUGUUAUCAUGAAUUCCAUACAAAAUGUGUGGACACAUGGCUAAUUAAGAAUAGGACAUGCCCCCUGUGUAAGCGCAAUAUAUUAGAACAAAAAAAUGUGCAGUAAUGGAUGACUGUCCUCAUUAGGAUAAUUUUACUGAACAGUUUUUAUGUUCAGUGUUUUAACAUUACAUGCAUGGAUAAGGUAGCUGCCUUUUUGGAUAUUAUUUUACCAGUUACUGGUACACAGUACUGGGGUAUUUGUGUGCUUUUGUAUCUAGUCAAGGUCUUGAUAUCA